AUGAAAAGACUCUCAAAUUUUUUCUUUAAAAAGCUUGAGGCUACAUCGUUGGAUAAAACAAGCAGAGUUGUGAGUAAGAUCCAUACUUGUACAAUCCAUGAUCAAAGUGCUGGCUCAAAGAUCCUUCAGAACAUCAAGGCAUUAGAAUAUUGAAUCACUUGAAAUAUUGGGAUGUGAUAUACAUGUUCAAACGAGCACUUUGAUGAAAAUCAUCAAGUUGACUGGGGAUACGAUAUUUUUAAGUACCUUGAAUCUCCAGUUAACAGUGACAAUGAACACUUUAAUGAGGGAUGCCAGACUACCUUUGAUUUGGAUGAUCUCAAGUGACCAUGUGGAAGGAAAAUUAAAGAUUCACAGUUUUCCACAAUGUGAGCCGCUUGUGGAUCAUGGACCUGAUCUGCUCAAUGCCAUGAAGACUUCAUUCAAAGCAAAGGGAAAUGCCUCUUCAUAAGAAAUUUCCUUGAAAAUGAGGAGACUGCAAGCAUUCAGGGAAUGAGAAAUAUUAUGUAUAUUAAUAUUGAAGCUAUGCAUAGAGAUGAUCUUCCUCAGUACAUGCCAUGCACAAGAGUUUCUCCUAAAUUCAUGAAGGCAAUGCUUGGACCAAAGAAAGGAACUGUUACAGUUCAAAGAGGGUUUAGACAAUAUGGUCAACCCGUACAGGAAACUCUUGAUGCAAUUGUUGACAUUGUUGAUGACACUGAAAAUGAUCCCUACUUCGAUCAUCAUAAAGAAAGACUUUGACAAUGUACUUGUGAAUAUUGCGCAGAAGCAUCUCCUCAUCCAGUACAUAAUUGAGCUUACCUUUGAAGAAAGCUGGAAAAGAUUGACCUAAAGAUGGAGAAAGAGCUAGGCCUUGACCAAAUCUGCCAAUGCAUAUGCAGUAAUUGAUUUGGAAUGCCAACCCAUGCAAGAAUAGAUUGUAUUUACCAUUGCAACUCCUCUAAAUUUAGACACAGAUUUGAAUAA